UAUUUCAUGUUUGUAUUUAAAUAUUUGCAUAUGGCAUAUAUUUGGUUUUUUGUGAAGUUUCAAAUUUUAUUUUAGAUGAAACCAAACACAAAAUUAAUACGUAAAAACUCUUUAGAUGUUGAAGAUGCAGUAAAAAGUGUUCUUAAGGGUAUGUCCAUACGAGAUGCAGCUGAAAUGUAUAGUUUAUCAAAAUCUGCAGUAGGUAGAGCUGUUAAAAUGGCAAGAUGUCAAAAGCUGCCAGACUAUAAACACAUUGUAAACAUUGGAAAUAGAAAAAUAUUUUAUGUGUCUGAGGAAAGUGCUAUUGCAGAUUAUUUGCAAACGUCUUCAAAUAUGUGCUAUGGUUUAACUAAAUUACAAACUAGGCAAUUAGCCUACAAGUACGGAAUUGCAUUAAAUUCUAACAGUAUUCCAGAGUCAUGGCACCAAAAUAAAAUGGCAGGAAAGCAAUGGUUGGAAAGUUUUUUGAUACGACAUCCAAAAUUAUCACUACGUAAGCCAGAAAAAGUUAGUCUUGCUCAUGCAACUGCUUUUAAUGAACAUACGGUGUCAAUGUUUUUUGAUAACUUGUUAGAAGUUCAAUUAAAAUAUAAAUUCAAACCAGAAUGUAUUUUUAACGCAGAUGAGACAAGAUUAUUAACAGUAACAGAUCCUCCAAAGAUUAUUUCAACUCGUGGAACUAAAAGGGUUUCACAAGCUGUUUCAGCAGAAAGAUGUUCAUUGGUGACAAUGUUAGCUUUUGUGAAUGCUAUGGGUAAUACAGUUCCACCUGUAUUUAUAUUACCGAGAGUAAAUUACAAGGAUUUUAUGAUAUGUGGAGCCCCAACAGGAAGCUUAGGGCUGUGUAACAAAAGUGGUUGGAUGACAAGUGAGAACUUUUUAGUUGCAAUGAAGCACUUUGUUUCCCAUGCUAAGCCAUCUGUGGAGCAUCCAGUGCUGUUAUUAAUGGACAACCACGAAAGCCACAUUUCAUUUGAAACAAUAACAUUUGCAAAAGAAAACUCUUUGAUUUUAUUAACAUUUCCACCACACUGCAGUCAUAGAUUGCAGCCUUUGGAUGUUUCGGUGUUUGGUCCUUUUAAAUCUUAUUUUCGAUUGGCUCAGAAUGAAUGGUUGGCCUCCAAUCCAGGUAGAAUUAUUAACAUAUAUAAUUUACCUCAGCUAGCAUGCAAAGCAUAUAAUAUGUCUUUCACAAUAAAAAAUGUUUGUAGUGGGUUUUCUAAAUGUGGGAUCUAUCGACUCAAUAGACAAAUAUUUGGGGAAAGUGAUUUCAUAUCAUCUAGUGUUAGUGACAGACCUCUUCUUGUCGAGCAACCAGAAAUUAAACAACCAGAUAAUCAACAAUCAUAUGAAAUAAAUAAACAAGUUGAUUCUUCAAAAUCAUCAGUCAAAAUAUUUAGUCGAGAAUCCUUUCAUCCGUACCCUAAAGCACCCCCAAGAAAAGAUUCUAAAAAAAGAAGAAAGCAGGGUAAAAGUACUAUAUUAACUAAAACUCCAGAAAAGACAGUAAAUAAGAAGAACAUUUUUGAAACUGGUAAAAUUACCACACAAAAUCUAAAAAGAAAAAUUGACCUCAAAAGAGGGAAAGAAACAGAAAUCUUUGAUGCAGAUUUUUUAAUUGUGUCAUCUGUAAAAAAUGUAACUGGAAGAAUUUCGUUGGGCCUGCUUGGAUUCAGUGUUUUACUUGUCAAUGGUGGAUAUGUGGUAAUUGUAAUAAUAACAGCAAGAAGUGUUAUUAUGAAUGUGAACUAUGUGAAGUUGACUGUUGAUAUCUUCUACACUUUCUUUGAUGGUUUUUAUUUCAUGUACUUUGCAACAAGCAAUAAUUGUUGAUUUUUAUAUUUUGGUUAAACAUAAAUACAAUGAAUUUUUUAAAUAUCUAA